UAGAGGGGAGGGAAGAGAGAGGGAGGGGAGAAGUAAAAAUACUAAAAGAUUGUGAAAAACACAAGGAGUAGCAGAGGACUCUAAAUUUCUCUGAUUGGACCCUGUGAAGACCCUGAAAAAUGGGCAGCUCUCCAGUCCCUGUGCUGCUAUGCUGCUGUUUCUUUGUACUUGUUGUUGCCUGGGCACAACAACCUGACACACAGAAUAUUGAAGAUACUUUGCCAUCAGACUGCAGAGAGGAAACAUAUCCCUGUACCAGGAUGUACUCUGUUCAUCGACCGAUAAAGAGAUGCAUCCAUUCACUGUGUCUCUACAGUCUUCCACGAGUCUAUGUGAUCAACAAGGAAAUCUGUGUGAGGACCGUGUGUCAGCAAGAUGAGCUCCUGAUGGCCGAACUCUGUAGAGAGAAAUCUGGGUGGCCGAAACGCCAAAAAAGGUCAAAUGGGAGAGGCUGUCGCCGUGGCAACCAAAAAACCUGGGCAAGCAGAGCCUAAUGUGAGAUGGAUGAAAAGUGCGGUGGGUGGGAAAGAGAGAGAAAAGGAGAGAGUUCGUGUUGAAACAAAUUCAACGAUAAAUCUGAAUUACAAAUCUCAAACUGUAACCGUAUUCUGUUCCUAAAACAAAUAUAAGCUGUGGUCAAGUGACUUCCACAAUCAUUACUGUUCAUAAAACUUAUACUUUGUCACUUUUUAACAUUUUAAUGCUUGUGCUUGGAGGCAAAAUAAGCUUGGAUGAAUGUCUAAGUGUUUUUAAAGAAUAUUAUAUAAAGCAUAUAUUUUAAUAGGAUCUUAAUUCCAUCACAGGUGGGAUGACAAUGCACAGUUCUGCUGCUGAAUGUUAAAGCUUAUUGUAUAACCACUAUGUUCUUUAUAUUCUCCUACUAAUAUAUAUAUAUAUAUAUAUGUAUGUAUGUGUGUGUGUGUGUGUGUGUGUGUGUGUGUGUGCCCACCAGCCACUGUAAGUAAAAUAUGAAAUUCACAAAAUAUUGUUAUAUUUUAAUUCUUAAAGUUCACUCUUUUUAUGAACAAAAACUAAUUUUGACUGGUAUGCUUUUGAUAAUCAUGCUUUAUAUGUUAAAAUGUCCUUGUACAUACAUCAUACACUUAUCAAGGAACUGACUUUACAAUCUCAGUGUAUGGCAGGAAUUCUUCACACGUAUUGUCACCCUGACCUUCAGCGUGUGACCAGUGAUUAAAGAAAUGCUUGCAAUGGCGAUGGUUCUCGUGCCGAGCCUGUGCUCGUAUAGCCACAAGACAUAAAUAAUAUGAGUGUAAACAUGAUUUUAGUCAGAUAAAAUAUCUUAUUAACCAUUUCUAUGUAAAGUUAUAGCCAAUUUUACAACUUUGUUGCAAUUUUGAUGUAAUGUCAACAAACACUAAAACCUUAAAAUGACUGUAAAAUGAGGAUUUAAACAACAUAACAGCUCAAAUAAUACAUGAGUUUUAACAGAACAGGUCAUGUAAUAGCUUUAAUAAAUUAAAAGUUUCACAUUUCCAAAAAACCCUCAAAACAUGGCCCCAUUGACUUCCAUUGUGUAACCUUGAUUUUUCCUUUUUUGUAAAGAAAAGGGAGAUGAGUAGAAAUUAAUUUUUGUGGUAAUCAACAUUACGCCACAAAUGCUGUCGAUUGCGCUUAACUUGUAUUGAACCUGGAACAUUCCGUAAGGCCGCUGAGCUCACGAGCACAUCAAUCCACAGUGUCGAUCACUCCAAGGCUCAUCAUCUCGUUGGAAGGAAUAUGACCAAAAAAAAAGGCUAACAAGAGAGAGAAAUAUACACAUGGCAGCAACAACAAUACAUCGCAGUACAACACACAGAGUAAUAUACACACUCACACAUACUGUAGCUCUAUAGAUAUACAUCACGGGAUAAGCUUAAUUAUUUUGCAUGAGCUUUUUAAUAUGGCUUAAAUUGCAAGUACUAGCCUAUAACCUCCUGAGACCCGAGCAUGACUGAUGUGUCAAUUUUAACUAGUGGCAACCAAUAAACAUGCAAUAAUAAUAAUAAUUCUAGAGCAAAUAGUUUUCCUAAAAAUGUAUGUCCACAUAUUUGGACAGCAGGACUAAGUUGUGAUUUUUUAUAAAUCACAUUUUUAUGUGUCCAGGGGGUGUUGGUUGUUUAUGUUUUUAAGACAUUACAGUUGAUUUUCUGUAAAGGUGCUUUGGAACAAUGUGUAUUGGGAAAACCACAAAUAAAAAAUUCUGAAAUAAAAAAUAUUUGACUUGA